CCGAUCGAACAAAUGUCAUCAUCAUUCGCGAAUAAAAUUUGGUGAGUGCCAACGAACAAAACUGCCGUGGCCACGAUCGUCAGAGUGAGUGUAGUGACAACUUGCGGUGCUAAGCCAAUUGGGAAUCCCAAGUGAUUGAGUGUCGAACGAAAAGUGCAUAAAGUGCAAUUCAAUAAUCCCCGCAUUUUCCAUUUGGUGAAAGUUCACGUUGGAAGAGAAAAAAGGCAAAAUGAGUUCCAAGUCAUUGUUCGACUACGGCGACGAGUCCUCGUCCGGGAAAUUGGCAAGGAAAGCCAAGGAGUCUCCGUUCAUGCUAAUAGGUUUGGGCGGAUUAUUGGCAGCCUGUGCGAUAGGUGCAUACAAAUUCAAGCGCCGUGGUGAUAUGAGCACGAGUGUAUUCCUGAUGCAACUUCGUGUGGCCGCACAAGGAACAGUCGUCGGAGCCUUAACGCUUGGCUUGGGAUACACAAUGGCUAACGAAUAUCUCUUCAAGAAAACACCCCCCAAAGAAGAAUAAAAUCAUCUCCCACCAUCUGAAAAAUGCGUUCCUGAACUAGACAAAUGCAUGUAAUGAAAUAGACAAUUUUCCCCCCUUUUUCCACAUAUUUUUAUGAUAAAGUUAAUCUCGACCAGAGGAAAGGAGCCAUUAGCUGUACAGUAUUUUUGUAUAUGUGACAAAAGAAAAAUUACAGAUGGAAGCAAAGAAGGAUAGACGCUAAAUGUGUAUAUUAGGGCAACUAAUUUAUUUAUUUAGCAAGAAUAAUGAUACAGAAUCUAUGUUAGGACAGUUGAGUAAGGAGGAGAGGGAGGUUUGCGCAACAGAAGCGGGUUGCGCUUUUCUUCCGUCUUAUUUCAUCAGACAUUACAAGUAUUUCAUGGAGAUGAAGGAGUAGAAUGUGACGGGUUAACAGCCUGUGAUAAAACUGUAAUUUUAAGUUUAAGUAAUUUUUUUCGAGCGAAUUGUUUACAGAGCAAUGAAACAAAGUAAAUCUAUAUUUAUUUUUAUUAAGGAUAAGAAAAAGGAGAAAAUAAAAAAUGUUCCAAGAACCAGAAA